AUGGUUACGCGAAUGAUAUCAUCGCAGCUGGAGUUGCAUCGACUCAACACCGGAAACACUGUUCCCGUUGUGGCCGCCAAUCGACUCCUCAAACAAUACCUCUUCAGAUAUCAGGGACAUGUUGGCGCUGCGCUGGUGUUGGGAGGGGUGGACAACAGUGGCCCCAAACUCUACUCCAUUCACCCGCACGGGUCGACCGAUUCGCUGCCGUACGUGACUAUGGGUUCGGGAUCUUUGGCCGCAAUGGCUGUGUUUGAGGCGCGUUGGAGACCAGACCUCACCUUAGCAGAGGGCCAGCAGUUGGUUCGGGACGCCAUCGCCGCCGGAAUAUUCAACGACUUGGGCUCCGGAAGUAAUGUCGACUUAUGUGUGAUCACCAAAAGUGGUGCCAAUUAUCUGCGCACCUAUGAUGAGGCCAACAAAAAGGGACUUCGUCAAGGGAGAUAUCAAUUCAGAAGAGGAACGACUGCUGUGUUGACCACAAAAGUGGUUCCGUUGGAAGUGGAGUCCGUUGUCGUCAGAUCCGCCGAACCCAUGGAUACCAAUUGAAUACCACUUCUUGUAGUACUUCUAAUCCCAUGAAUGCAACAGUUUUUUAACAAUAAAUUUCUUGUUUCCGUAAAAAGA